UCCAUGUCGUUACGUUAGUUUGCAGCAAAUGCUGAUAAUGUUAUCCGCGCGGCGCCGCCGAUUAGAGUAAUCAAGGUUUUUCUCCAUUUUAAUCAUUUUAAUUAAUGAAAGCAUUAAAUUUGACCAUGAAAGAACUUCGUGCGUGAAGUAAAAUAUGAAUAUGUCGUAAAACUUAAUCGUGACCAUCAGUGAACAUUCAUGACGUACUCGUGUAUUUGAACAUGUUAGCAUAACACACAUUUUAUUCGAGUGAUUUAUAGGAUAAUACGCAGCCAUGUUGGGCCACAACAAACAGAUUGAAACUGAAGAAGAUAGGGGUCAGAUGGCAAAGAAAAUCCUCAGUGCAGUCUUUUAUGCCGUGGCUUCCUUUAUGAUAACUGUCGUGAACAAAACUGUACUGACAACAUACGCUUUUCCUUCAUAUCAAGUGCUCGGGUUGGGACAAAUGAUGGCGACCAUCCUAGUGUUGUGGUUUGGACGUCAGGCACAUGCAGUGAAGUUCCCACCUUUGGACAUUAGUGUAGCUCGACGCAUUUGGCCGCUUCCAAUCAUCUACCUAGGGAACAUGGCAACGGGACUCGGAGGAACCAAGGAGCUAAAUUUGCCCAUGUUUACAGCACUACGACGUUUUAGUAUCCUCAUGACUAUGAUUCUCGAAAGGAUUGUGUUGGGUGUUCGAGCAUCUUGGCCUGUGACAGCCAGUGUGUUGGCUAUGGUGGGUGGCGCGUUAUUGGCAGCUGCUGACGACGUCACCUUCUCCUGGUCAGGCUACAUUCUAGUGCUUCUAAAUGACGGUUUCACUGCUGCUAAUGGAGUUUUCAUGAAAAAGAAAUUGGAUUCAAAAGAACUUGGAAAAUAUGGUCUGAUGUAUUAUAAUGCAUUGUUUAUGAUUAUCCCAGCUGCAUGCAUAGCCUGGUGGACCGGGGACCUGCACAGGUCUGCCUCCUAUGAGCACUGGGAUGAUAUGUUGUUCCUAGCACAGUUUUUUAUGUCCUGUGUGAUGGGGUUUGUACUUUCAUAUAGUGUGAUGUUAUGUACUCAAUUUAAUAGUGCUUUGACUACCACAAUCAUAGGAUGUCUGAAGAAUAUCCUAGUGACUUAUUUAGGAAUGGUCAUUGGUGGAGAUUAUGUGUAUUCUUGGCUGAACUUUGUUGGUCUGAACAUCAGUGUGAUGGCAAGCUUGCUGUACACAUAUGUGACAUUUAAACGCAAAGCUGCUCCUUCAUAUGUUGCUUUGAAUAACACCAAUGUGGUCACGAUAUAGCGGUACCAGAGAAGGAAAUCAACCACCACCACAUACUAUAAUGUGUAGUGUUGAAGGUUGUUACCAAAGAUGUGUAAAAGAUGGAUUAUACAAUGGCCAUAUUGCAGUAUACUUGCUUUCUUUGCAAAGUGAAAAAAUAGGUAAAUACUUUAUGUAAUAAGUUAAUGUGAAUAUACAACAUUAAUGUUUAUGUGUAGGUAUCAUUAAGCAAAAUACUAUCAAGUACUUCAUCAGAACCCUCAUAACUAAGGUCCCAGUAAUAAUUUAUUUAAAAUCCCUCAAUUUUUAUGCCAUUUUUAACUAGAAACCAAAUGUGUGUUUAUAAAGAAUGAUAGGUGGAGAUUCCGUAUGUUGUUAAGCUCUUAAAUUGAUUAUUAUUUAGGUUUGUUACUUGUAUAUAAUUUUAAAUAGGUGUAUAUUAAGUUUACUCAAACAUCUUCCAUGACAUGGUGUACAUUGAUGGUUUGUAUUAGUUAAUCAAUUCUGAUUUGGAUGAAAUAUUAUAUCUAAUGUACCUGCGUGUUGUUAGAUUAUAUUUCUUAUUCAUUUAUCCAUUCAUAUUAAUGGUUACGUUUUAAUGUUAUUGCAAUCAGUCCUGAUACAACUGUUUGCUUUGCUAUUUAAAUAAGAGUUUUAUUCCUAUAAAUAGGCUUGCUUAUCAGUGUUACUGUGCAAUCAUAAACUAAUUAAUCACUCUUUACUCAUGAUAUUUAACUCUAAAUCAACAGUUUGAUUUUAAAUAAUAACUUACAUUUUUGGUGUCCAAUAUUUGUGCUAUUACUGCAAUUGUAUUGAAACAUUGAAAACUGUGAACAUAAUUUUGAGAUUUUGUGUACAUAAGUACAAAAACUAUACUUUACACUUACAGAAUCCAGUAAUUUUUAUCAGUCAGAUUAUAUUAUCUAAUGUUUAAAUUAUGUGUAAUUCUUGCACUAUCUAUCUUUAAUAUAACAGUGUUAUCAUAUCACUGUCACGAGAGAUUUCCUGCUGUUUUUUUAACAAACGGAAAUCUACAAUACAUGACCAUAUUAUUAUUAUCUACCUACUUAUUAUACCUAUUUGGCUGUGUUGUUUGACAUAAUUAUUUCUGCACUUCCGUUCCCAUUUACGAACUAUAAAGUAGGUACCUACUGUUACUUCGCUGAAAUAAAACACUUAUAAGAAAUUAACAUACAAUUAAGUCGAGGAAUGUUCACAGCUUUUUUAACACAUUUGUCAUGUUUGUUAUUAGUAAAACUGCCUGACUAUUUGCCAACUAAUUUUCAAUUCUACUUGACUUCUGUUAAUAGUGUAUGUACUAAUGAGGAGUCUGUUAAUAUGAUUGUUUUAUGUUACUAUGUCUAAAAAAGUAUUAAUUACACUAAAAGAGAGAUUUUUAUCUUAUUGGAACAAAUUUUACUAUUCAUAAGUAGGUACCUAAUACUUAAUAAACUUAUUACCUAUCAUUCUUUGUGGCACAUGUGAUAUUAUAAUGUAUACCUAGAAGGUGAUAGGUAAUGUGUAUGUAUGUACAUACCUACAUUAGAAUGGAACGAAUUACGCAAUAUAAAAUUUUAAAUACCGACUCCUCAUUAGUACAAUAUGUUUAUGCCUUUAUGGACUUUCAUACGUUUUUAUGCGAAGUCAGUUUAUAAAAUAACGCGACAAUAUAAAUUUACUAUAGGUACCUACCUACCUACAUUUAUAAUAAUCACGACACACGAACGAAUAUUAUGGAGUAGAAAUGUAAACGAGGUUAUGUAAAUUACCAAUGUAAAUGUGUAAAUAAUAUUCUUUUCAAAUCCCUUUUAUUUAAAUAUGAUUAUUAUACAUAUUAUUGUCUAGGUACAUAAUAAUAUUAGCAAAAUAUAAAUUGCUGAAAUGUGCGUAACAUAUCAGCAAUGUCCAAAACAUAUUGGUGAUAUGUUACUUAAAUAACUUUAUAAUGUCUGUUGUAACUCUAAUAAACUCGAUAAUGUACUCGUAUUUAUGAGUAUAAAAUGUCGUAAAGUAGGAAAUGGGUGUCCAUUCCAAAAAUAUCUAUCAAAAAUCACUGCAAGUCGUCUUAUGGUUACUUGCGGCUCUGCCGACUCUACUACGAAUUUAGGUGCGAGUUUUUGUAUGUAAAUGAGGAAAAGUUAGUAAGCAGAUAUUUUGUCAGAAAUACUCGCGUAUUUUUGAUAGUCGGCCAAUUUAUCGCCCGUGACGCCUUCGACUUCGAUCGAGGCGUGCGUGACGUAGUAUAAUGUAUCCCUUUUAAUCUUUCUCAUCCUCAACGUUUGGGACAUCUGUACAUGUGGGUACAUUGAUUCAUUUAGGUUCUUACAUUAUUUUAAUCCCCAAGUUUAAUCCGCACCUUGGUCAUACUUCCGUAAUACGUGACGUUACAUUAUAACGUGAUCGAAGAUGACGUUACUCCGCAGCAACAGUUGUUUACUUCCUGCAUCUAAAUCGUGGUUGUGUUUAACUCUGCUUCGUUUGUAUUAUAGGUGUAUUGACCAUAUUU